GCGCUACUUAUUAUACUUAAAUCCAGCUCCCUGGGUUUCUUGUUCUUACUUGGAAAUUUCCCCUGCGAUCCCACUGAGCGUGCACUGCUCAUCAUGCCCAAGGCAGGCGUCAAGGACAAGGUCCGCCAGAAGGCCAAACCGGCCGCGGUCACCUCAUUCGAACCGGGCAAGCCCAUCCACUUUGACAACGACGUCGAUAUGGACGACGAAACGAGCUCAGAUGAAUCGGACGAACCCGAGAAGGACGAUGCCGAGAUGAAGCUGGAGCGGAUGCUAUUCGGCGACGACGAGGGGUUCCGGGGCGCUCUGAAAACCCAGAACGAGCGCGGUCUGGUGUUGGCGGAUCACAGCGACGAGGACAGUGCGGAUGAGGAGGGCGAGGGAGAGGGCGAUGACGAUGUGGAUUUGGCGAACGUUGCGGAUUCCGAUCUUUUCUUCCUGGAUUCUGGCGCCGGGCCCGUGUCGACGGAUCUCAUGGAGGCGCCGUCGGAGGAUUCCGAUGGUAGUGAGGAGGAGGCCGGUAUGCCCGCCUUAUGGCACGAUAGCGACGACGAUCGUCUCACGAUCUCGCUGGCGAGCCAGCAGCGCCUGCGCAAACUGCGUGUCGCCGAGUCGGAGGAUGUCAUCGGCGGCAAGGAAUACAUCCGGCGACUGCGCCGGCAAUAUCUGCAAUUGAACCCCAUGCCGGCUUGGGCUAACCCCGAGGCCAACCAGCCCAAGAACGACUCCGAUGCGGAUGACAUGGACACCGAUGACGAGGAGUCCAUGUCCACACAGCCUCUGGCCAAGCUGCUGCAGGGCGCCUCGGAGCUCACCAAGCUUGAGGAGAAGACGACAGGCGGCCGGAGAAAGAUGCGCCAGGAGGUGAUUGAUAUCCAGCGUCUGAAGGACGUUGGCAAAGACCAGCCGUCCUCCGUCGACUCGCUCAUGUACCACCCUCACUACCCGCUGCUGCUCUCCUCCGGACCCGCGGCCACGCUCUUCCUCCACCACAUCUCCCCCUCGGCCCCGGCGCCCAACCCCCUCCUCACCUCGUUUCACAUCCGCAAAACCCCCAUCCACAGCUCCGCGUUCCACCUCCCCAGCGGCAACCGGAUCUUCGCGUCCGGCCGCCGGCGCUACUUCCACAUCUGGGACAUGGAGACCGGCAAGGUGGACAAGGUCAACGGCACGGCCGACCGCAAGGAGGAACAGAAGUCGAUGGAGCGAUUCAAGCUGUCGCCCUGUGGGCGGUACGUCGGGCUGGUGGGCUCGUCGCGCAAGGGCGGCGGCCUGAUCAACGUGCUGGACUCCGGCACGGCGCAGUGGAUCGCGCAGGUGCGCGUGGACGGCCGCGGCGGAGUCGCGGACUUCGCCUGGUGGAGCGACGGCGAGGGCAUGACGGUGGCCAGCAAGAACGGAGAGGUCAGUGAGUGGGACGGCCGGCUGAACCGCGUCGUCGCCCGCUGGCUGGAUGCCGGUGCCGUCGGCACCACCGUGCUCAGCCUGGGUGGCCGCUCCGGACGCACCCAGCUCGGCGGCGACCGCUGGGUUGCCAUCGGCAGUUCCAGCGGUGUCGUCAACGUCUACGACCGCCGCGACUGGGCCGCGGCCUACGCCGCGAAGCCCUCGUCCGGGUCCGACGCCGACUCCAACCAGGCCAUUCCGCGCAACCCCGAACCCGUCCGCGCCCUGGACCAGCUCACCACCCCGAUCAGCCAUCUGGAGUUUGCCCCCGACGGACAGUUCUUCGUCAUGGCCAGUCGCUGGAAGAGAGAUGCCUUGAGAAUCGUCCAUCUCCCCAGCUGCACGGUCUACCGCAACUGGCCCACCUCGAACACGCCUUUCGGGCGUAUUUCGUCCGUCGCUAUCUCGCCCAACUCGGAGCAGUUGGCCGUGGGUAAUGAGCAGGGUCGCAUCCGGCUGUGGGAGAUCCGGGGGUGAGAUGUUCUUGUUCUUGUGUGCGUGUGGUGAGUGGGUUGAGUGGGUGGAGUAGAAAAGUUCGUGUUGCAUGGUAGCAUUACUGUAUGGGGAUUUUAUGUUGUAUAGAUGUGCGG